AACAAAAUAUAAGUAGUAACAUCCAUGAGGAACUCCAUAUCCAUCACCCUCUAUUAAUUCACUCAUAUCCUUUGAUUUGAAACUUACAACUUCUGAAAUCUCUUUUCAUCAGAAGAAAAAAACAGAAACUUCUGCAAUCACUGGAAAAGCUAUGCCAACCUCAGACGAUGUGUGCGAUCCACCUCUAGCAGAGAGUUACCAAGCACUGUUUCAUGACUCCGAAAAGAUUGGACAACAUUCAUACGACCAAGAUCAAGGGAUAAGAGAAUGUGAGCUUCCACUGAUAGACUUGAGAGGUCUAAGGAGCAGCGAUGGAGAUGAGAGACGGGCUUGCGUAGAAGCAAUAGCCGAAGCAUCCUCAGAGUGGGGCUUCUUCCAAGUGCUGAACCAUGGGAUCAGUAGAGAACUCCUAGAAGAGAUGAGAAGAGAGCAGAUGAAGCUGUUCAGAACGCCUUUCGAGAAAAAGAUAAGCUCCAGGCUAUUGAAUGAUUCUUAUAGGUGGGGUAAUCCAACAGCUACUUCUCUGAAACAGUUCUCAUGGUCAGAAGCCUUUCAUGUUCCUCUUGCACAGAUUUCAGAUAAGAACUGCUGCUAUGGAGAAUUUAGUUCUCUGAGGGAGGUUAUGGAGAAGCUUGCUGGUGCAAUGUCGGAGCUUGCCCACAUACUAGCCGGUGCUCUAGCCGAGAAUUUGGUUCACAACAGCCACGGAUUUCCGGAUAACUGCAACAAAAACACAUGCUUCCUUCGUCUGAAUCGAUAUCCUCCAUGUCCCUUCUCACCAGAAGCCUUCGGUUUGCCACCUCACACUGACAGCGACUUCCUCACUAUCCUUCAUCAAGAUCAGGUUGGCGGACUGCAACUGAUGAAGGAAUCCAAAUGGGUUGCUGUCAAGCCAAAUCCUGAUGCACUUAUUGUCAACAUUGGAGACCUCUUCCAGGCAUGGAGCAAUGACAUUUACAAGAGCGUGGAGCACAAGGUGAUGGCCAAUGGGAAGAUAGAGAGGUACUCCAUAGCCUACUUCCUCUGCCCAUCAUAUGGUUCUACCAUAAGGAGCUACGAGGAGCCCUCCCUAUACGAGAGCUUCACCUUUGGGGAAUUUAGGCAGCAAGUGCAAGAGGAUGUCAAGAGAUUUGGACAGAAGGUAGGACUUCCAAGAUUCCUCCUAUAG